GCAGGAAACAGGCAGGGAACUUGGAAGUACAUCCAUGCUCUGAGACGCAGGAGGACAGAGAUUCCCAAGCCCCAGCAGUGGUCCUCCUGGGGAUGGACCUGCCAUCAGAGAGUAAAAUGAACUCUGAGGGGGGCGAAGGCCGACCAGUCCCUCCUACCUCUCUACCACUGCAAGGAGGUGCCACCCAGAGAAAAAAGCUAUCUGCCCCUCGUAUCAGCCUGUCACUGGACCAGAGCGAGGACGACUUGGGCGAGACGCCUGAUGAUCUCGACAUUAACGUCGAUGACCUCGACACUCCAGAUGAAGGCGAUUACCUCGACUACACAGACCAUGAAAUGGACUGGGAAGACCCCACUGCAGCCAGCAGGAGUGGGACAAGUGAGCCCUACAAUGCAAUCCCGACGUACAGCGCCGAGGAGGAGCGCCAGGACGGCAAGCUAUGGAGGACCGUCAUCAUUGGGGAGCAGGAGCACCGCAUCAACAUGAAGAUCAUUGAGCCCUACAUGCGAGUCAUCUCCCAUGGAGGCUACUAUGGCAACGGAGUGAAUGCCAUCAUAGUGUUUGCUGCCUGUUUCCUGCCAGACAGUGACCGAGAGGACUACCAUGAAAUAAUGGAGAACCUCUUCCUGUAUGUGAUCAGCACGCUGGAGCUGAUGGUGGCAGAGGACUACAUGAUUGUGUACCUGAAUGGAGCCACACCUCACAGAAGAAUGCCCGGCCUCGGCUGGCUGAAGAAGUGCUAUCAGAUGAUCGACAGAAGGCUCAGGAAGAACUUGAAAUCUUUCAUCAUUCUCCAUCCAUCGUGGUUUAUCAGGACCGUUCUAGCCAUUACCAAGCCUUUCAUCAGCGCCAAGUUCAGCAGCAAGAUAAAGUACGUGCACAAUUUGGACGAGCUGCAGGAGCUCAUCCCGAUGGACUCCAUCCAGAUCCCAGAGUGCAUCAUUAGACUUGACAAGGAACUGAAGGAAGCAGCAGAGAACUCAAAAGUGAAUAGUUUUCUGCAGGGAUCUGAUCCAACAGCAGCAAGCAGAACAGACAGAGCAGACCAAGCCGGUGCCAGCGGCUCUUAAACCCAAACAUCCUAAAUGGAUGGGUCACCUCAAUGUUCAGAAGUCACUGUUGUAAAAGAACGAGUGAAGCUGGAAAGUAGCAGCUUGUGGAGCUUGUGCGUGUGUGUGCGUGUGUGUGUGUGUCAGUGUUUGUCAGUUAGACACUGGAGUUUAAUAUGAAAACACAACUUACAAUAAUACCUGUUAACACUCAGAUCUUAUUCUUUAUAGCUGCUGUAGCAUCUGCUGUACUUUACACCUGCAAUCCAGAGAACUAUAUAGUCAAGUGUGAUGCUUGGCAGCAUCAACAGAGUAGCCUCAUCGUUCACUUUAGGGUAGAAAAUGCAAUUACACACCAGACAGUGCACUGCGCAAACCCAUUUGUAGUCUAUAGUGUUGUAGUUGUGCAUGAGAUGCAGUGAAGCAAUAAUAUCACCCUUUAGUGGUUACACAGUCUCAGUGUUUCUGAUAAGGAGGCGACUCUUGUGUCAGCAAUCUACAAUAAAAGCACAAGGUGUGGCCAAACAAAACAAAUCCUUGUGCCAUAGAUGACCAACUUGCAUCUGAGCGACCCAAUCCUCUGCCUUGUCCUCAAACUGGAAAACAAACCUACAGAUAGAUAUUUUAACUUUGUAGAGUCAACCUAAAGUCAAGCAGGAGCGAGUUAAAUAUGAAAUCAAGCUGUCAGUGCAGCGUGACGGCACAUCUUUUUAGCCAUGUUUUGCAAUUGUGUGUGUGUGUGCAUGUGUCUUUCUGUCGAUGCAAACUGGGAAUCAUCUAUUCACUUUCUGCUGGAUCAUCAGGAAGAAAUGUCAGAUGAAAAAUAAUGAUGGGAUCUCUGUAAAGCACAACAUCUUAUCUGUGUGUGUGUCCACACGCAUGUGUGUGUGUGUACUUGUGCAUCAGUGCAUGUCCCCUCAUUAGAUAACUGACGGUCCUCUUACCCAUGAGUCGUCUACGGUGUACUGAGGAUGUGCAAAGACGUUAUGGAUCACUGUCUAGUAAUUCAAUAAAAAUGGACUCAAGUCUGA